GGUGGCACCUUCAAGUACCCGCUGGUCAGCGUGCGCAACGUCUACGUCUUCCCCGGCAUCCCGGCGCUGAUGGAGCGCGCCCUGGAUGGCCUCGCCCACCUCUUCCGCAGCGAGCAGACCCGCUUCCACUCCCGUGCCAUCUAUGUGGCGGCUGACGAGAUCCUCAUCACGCCCGUGCUGGAUCAGGCCGACGCCACCUUCCAGGGCCGCGUCAGCUUGGGCUCCUACCCAGACUGGGCCAACAACUACUACCGCGUGAAGCUGACGUUGGACUCGGAGUCGGAGCAGGACCUGGAGGAAGCGUAUCACUUCUUGAUGGAGAAGCUGCCGCCGCACGUUGUCGUGCCGUUGGUGAUGGACUGCAUCUCGCCAGCAGCCGCGGAGGUUUAUGGUCUGGCUGAGUCAGGUACAGGGAAGCGGUGCUGCAGCACGGCUUGGCGCCUCUAUGCUGCUCCUGUGCAGACCCUGCGGCCCAGCAGGGCCGGGGCAGUGGGAAGACCGGCCUGGGAGCAGAGCUUGCCUGUUCUGGUGUGCCGGGGGGCUUGA